CGGCGUCGGAAGUUUGAAGUAUAAUAUUUAUUUCUUAAUUAAUAAAAGGUGGUUUAGUGGCGUAAAAUAAAAAAAAAUAUGAUCACAAAUUUAUGUACACGUGUAGCUAAUUGAGUGUUUUCACAAAUUUGCACUUUAUACGGUAGUAGAUGGCCGGAUGACUGCGUGGCGUGAAUGAAUGUGAUAUGGCAAUGCAAACGUCACAAAUGUAAAAAAGAUAUAAAAAAUAAAAUCAAAAUAUGUGCAUUUGAUAACUCAACAAUUAAGUGGAAAUGUUUUGAAUAGUGAAAAGCAAAUUUCAUGUGGGAUUAGAGAAAUUGUAUAUCAAAACUUGGAUCUAAACUAAUGGAAAAAAUGGGAUUUCAUAAAGAUAAAAUACGACACACAGCACAAAACUGAACGCAACGAAGCGAGGCAUUAAAGCAUAAAAAAUUCAUGCAAACAAAAAAACAAACAGAAGCGAAAGGACAUAAAAUUAAACAAAAGACAGCGGUGUGUACGCUUUUGGCGGGAGAGUGAGAGAGACCGGAAACGCGCUGAAGUGGAAUCGACGGGAAUGUGGUAAAGCGAAACCGAGAGGAACGAACGGGAACGUACAAGCGACGCAAGCAAUGAACCGAGAACGGCAACGCGGUUAAGGUCAACGCAAUAAAAAUAACGAAAAAUAAAAGAAAAAAUAAACAAAACAAGAAAUUGUGCAGAGAAAGAUAAAUAAUAAAUAAAAAACGAAAAGCGUUCGCGGCGGCAACUAGUGAAUGGAGGCGAAAAGGCAAUAAAUAUAGACAACUUGCAAACGGGUGAGAGGCAAAGCAGGGAGAGGAAAAGAAGAAGGUCGUUUGGGGCUUGUGAUUUUGUUCGUAUUUUACGAUUUUUACGUUUUCUACGACCAGCAGCCGCGGCAAAAGGCAAACAGCAACGACGAGGAAUUGAAAUUAGAAAGAUAAACAAGCAUGUGGGAAAGCAAAAUAUUACAUUGAAAGCAAAAUAAAGAAGGCAGAUGCCAUAAGAAAAGUUGAAUGACAACAGGACACAGCAAAUGCGAAUGGCAUUGAUGCAGAAAAGUGAAAACGUAAGUGAAAUUUCAAGCGCGGCACUAAAGCUUUAGUGACUUGCGGAAAAGCAUAAGUGAAACAGGCAGCCAGCGGAAAAGCAAACUUGAAGAAAUAGAUGAUGGAAGCAAUCCGUUAACAGAACAUACAAGCUAACAGAACUUUUAGAAAAAAAAUUACAAAAAACUGCCAGAAUAGCGAAAGGCGCUGCUUUAGCGGCAAUUGAAAUAAUAUAAAAUCCAUUGAAGUUUUUAGCAAUAAUUUUCGCAGAAGAAAACAUAUCAGAAGCAAUUUUUUGCUUUAUAUAUUAUUUUCAUUGCAUAUCUGUAGGCGCUACAAGCCACAAAACCGCUAAGAAGCUGUGAAGAGCAUUUAAAUACAAAACUAAUUUCCAAGCACUGGAAAGAACGAGGCUAAAUUAUGCACAAAAGCUAAAAUAAAAGCAAAAAAAUAUCAAUGUAAUAAAGAAUUUACAAACAAAGCAACAAUACACGGCGCCCAAAAGUAUGCCAACUAAUUGCACAAAUAAAUAAAAGCGCCUCACACACACAGCAGCUAGCAAGGUAAACGGCAAGCAGCAACAGCACGGCAAUCAACGGAAUCGACAACGCAUAAAUUAGGCCUAAUUGAGGCAUAAAUUUAGGCGCGAGGACAUAUAUGCAUUUAUACAGCUGUCAGCGCAGCAUAGGGACACAAUUGAAGGAGAGCGGCGAAAGAGAGUAGAAGAAAGUGGAAGAGUAAUAGCAGCGCGCGAGUGAUAUAGCAAACGUGCGAGCUUUUCAAAACGAAAUAAGGCUUCCCCAUCAACUUCUAGUCAAUCGCGCGAGAGCACACACACACACACCGACUGCUUACGCCAACUAAAUAUCAGCACCCACACAACCUCGAAAAGAUGGCGUUCAUUUGGCGUCGCCGCUCUGCGUCCAUUGUGAAAAUCGUUGCCAUACUUACAGCCAUUUGGUUCACAGUCGCCUUUUUCAUCUACAGCGAUGAUGCGGGCAGUGAGAACAACAGCAACAACAAAUGGAGCGGCAUGUCGUUGGCGCUGAAAAGCGUCGCAGGUGGUGGUGGUGGUGUAGGCGGCGGUGCGCCAAACAAUUUGCCUGCCGACCAUGAUCAGCAGGGCAUUUAUGAGGCUGGUGGCGGUUUUGGUGUGGAUCGUGGCGGUGCGAUUGCCGACGAUGGUGUUGACGCACUGAGCGGUGGUGGUAGGCGCGAACAACGUCGCGGUGUUGGCGAUGUGCCGCCAUUUGAGAAUAAUCAGCUGAAUGCGAAUGAAGAUGUUGGCGCGGCUGGUGAUGGCAACAAUAAUGCUGACGUGGAUGCGGGCAUUGUUGAGCCUGACCUCAAUGUAGGCGAUGAAUCAGUGCAGAAUAAUGUGGUGGUGGCGCAUCCAAAUGAGAACGUCUAUCGUGGCAAAUUGAUUGCGGGCAAUAAACCCAGCAGGAGUGGCAGUAAAAAGGGUCCUGAGGAAGAUGACAAAGGCGUACUCAUGGCACCAUCGCCACCCAAAGAUGCACCCGGCGAAAUGGGUAAACCGGUAGUAUUACCCACCAAUAUGACAGAAGAAAUGAAGAAAGCUGUCGAUGAUGGUUGGGCGAAAAAUGCCUUCAAUCAAUAUGUAUCCGAUAUGAUAUCGGUGCAUCGAACAUUGCCAGAUACGCGCGAUGCGUGGUGCAAGGAACCCGGCCGCUAUCUAAAAAAUCUUCCCGCCACCGAUGUCAUCAUUUGCUUCCACAAUGAGGCGUGGUCGGUGCUGUUGCGAACAGUGCACUCGGUGUUGGAUCGUUCGCCGCCAGAGUUAAUUAACAAAGUCAUACUGGUCGACGACUUCUCCGAUAUGCCACAUACCAAACAACAGCUGGACGAUUAUUUUGCCGCCUAUCCAAAGGUGCAGAUUUUGCGCGCCCCCAAACGUGAAGGUCUGAUACGAGCGCGUCUGUUGGGCGCACGUCAUGCCACAGCGCCGGUGUUGACGUACCUGGAUUCGCACUGCGAGUGCACCGAAGGUUGGCUUGAACCCCUGCUCGAUCGUAUCGCUCGCAAUAGCACCACCGUCGUUUGUCCGGUCAUCGACGUUAUUGAUGAUACAACAUUGGAAUUCCAUUUCCACGAUUCGGGCCUAGUGAAUGUGGGUGGUUUUGAUUGGAAUUUGCAAUUUAAUUGGCAUGGAGUGCCGGAACGUGAAAAAGGUCGACGAGAGCACAAUGCUGCGCCUGUUCCCUCUCCUACCAUGGCUGGUGGCCUAUUCUCCAUUGAUCGGAAAUUCUUCGAACGUCUUGGCACCUAUGACUCUGGCUUCGAUAUUUGGGGUGGUGAGAAUUUGGAAUUAUCUUUCAAGACCUGGAUGUGCGGUGGUACAUUAGAGAUUAUACCCUGUUCACAAGUUGGUCAUAUCUUCCGCAAACGAUCGCCAUAUAAGUGGCGUUCCGGUGUUAAUGUGCUGAAGAAGAAUUCCGUACGCUUGGCUGAAGUUUGGCUAGAUGACUAUGCGAAAUACUACUAUCAACGCAUUGGAUACAACAAGGGCGAUUUUGGAGAUGUGAGCUCACGCAGAGCGCUUAGAGAAAAUCUCGGUUGCAAGAACUUCAAAUGGUAUCUGGACAAUAUCUAUCCGGAAUUAUUCAUACCUGGCGAUUCAGUGGCGCAUGGCGAGAUAAGAAAUCUAGGUGCUGGCGGUCGCACAUGUUUGGACUCUCCAGCGGACAAGAAGAAUUUGAAGAAGGCUGUGGGACUAUAUCCUUGCCACAGACAAGGUGGCAAUCAGUAUUGGAUGCUCAGCAAAGCGGGUGAAAUACGACGCGAUGAAGCCUGUCUUGAUUAUGCUGGCCACGAUGUGAUACUGUAUCCAUGUCACGGUUCCAAAGGAAAUCAGUUCUGGAAAUACAAUCAGCAAAAUCAUCAAAUACGACACGGUCCGUCCGACAAGUGUCUAGCCAUUUCGGAGAAGAAAGACAAAGUGCUCAUGGAAGAGUGCGGUUCGAAUCAACUGCGACAGCAAUGGAAGCUCGAAAAUUACGAUCCAUCGAAAUUGUGAGGUUACUUUUAUGCCGAUGGCACGGUUUUAUUGCCGACGCACAAGCGACGAAAAUAGCAUAAAUUACGCACAGGACAUACACAACUGUAACAACAAAAAUUACUGUAACAACAAAACAAAAAUUAAGACAACAACAACCACUACAAUAAACAACACGGAUAUAUACAACAUAAAGUGCUGCAACAAAUGAGAUACGGAAGUAGCCGACGAGGUCAGUACCAACUACAACAACAACAACAACCACGAAAUAGCGCGCAACUGAAGUGCAACGACUGGCGCGAGUGAUAGCAUGGCGCAUCCAGCGGCUAACAGCGGAUAACAACUCAAGCACAAUAUGGUCA